UGUCAUUUUGAAACAUUGAUGCAAACUAUUAUUUGGUUGGGUUUCUCAGAUAUUCGGAUACGCAGACCCACCAGAUUGCUGCCAGGAAGGAGAAGCAGAUGGAAACUUUAAAAGCUGCACUUGGAAUAGGGGUUGAAAGUGAUGAUAAAAAGAAGCAGGCUGAUUCUGUUGAAGAGGAUUUUGAUGAUGAUAGACCAAGAAAUAGCAGGAAAAAUGGUGGUAGUGAUGAUGUCAAGGGGCAUGAGAAAGACACUGGAGAGAAAAAAGAUGAUAUAAAAAAGGGUGUAAAAAAUAAGAAUGCAAAUGUAAGAGAUGAGCAGAUGAAAAAAGAAAGCAAAAGGAGAAAAGAUGGAGAUUCUUCUGACACUGAUAGCGGUGGAAAAAGUUUGGGAAGGCCUAAGAAGGAUAGGAAAAAUGGUCGAGGGAAGUAUACUGACUCUGAUUCUGAUUUUGAUAUUGAUGUUAGGAAGACGAUGCAAAAAUCAUCAAGGAAACACAAGAAAAGUAGGCAUGACAGUGAUGAUUCUGAGUCUGAUUAUGAUCAGAAAUAUGAAAGAGCUCAUAAGAGGCAUGAUUCAGAUGAUGAUGACUCUAGUUCUGAUGAAAGCCUUAAACGUAAUUCUCAAAGGGUGCAUCAACGCUCCAAAAAGAGCAAGCGGCAUGAAUCGGAUGAUACUGACUCUAGUUUGGAUGAAAGCCCUAAACGUAGCAGUCAAAGGGUGAAUCAACUUUCCAAAAGGAGCAAGCGAAGUGAUUCUGAUGAUGAAUCUGAUGCUGACAGUGGGGAGGAAUGUAAAAAAAAACAGUUAGAGAGAAAGAGGUAUCAGCCAAGUGUAAAUUACAGGCCAGAGAAAGGUUAUUUCAGUUCAAAAGAUCAUAGGAGAAUCAGCAGUGAUAGAUGGGAAGCUGGACGGUAUGGUGUGGAAAGUGACUCUGAUUCUGAAAAAGCAGCAAAACACAAAAAAGCGAGUGUGGAAAAGAGUGGGAGAAGGUAUAAUAACACUGAGAAAGACAAGUCUAAUGGUGACUAUGAUGGAAAAAUAAAGAAGAUUCAGAAAAGCAGACGGAAUGACUGCUAUGAGGAUGGUGGCAAUGACUUUAAGAGUGGCGAUUCUCAUGAGAAGAGUGAGAAUGAUUCGGGCAGCGACACUAGUGAUGACAGAUGUGAGAAAAUUGCUAGGAGGAAGCCUCUAGAAAAGAAGCGAAGUGGUGGUAGAGAUGAUUUGAGUGGCAGAGGUGGUACUGGUCUAGAGGACAAAGCUAAUGCUGUUGGAACUGAUGAUAGGAGGAGAGAAAAACGUGGUCAUCACAAUGUGGAUGAUUCGUCAGACACAUUCAGGCAAUUAGAGGAGCUGUCCCAAUCAAGGAGAUAUGUAAUGGAUGGAUCUGCUGAUUUAAGUCGAGAGAUGAUGAAGGGAAAGAGGAAGGCUGACAAUGGAAACCAGGAUGAGCAACCAGAGGCAAAGUCAAGAAGUCGGAAUUUUGGGAAAGAGGCAGAACAUAGCAGGGAUAUUGAAUCUGAGAGAAACAGUAGAUCAUACAGGAAUAAAGAUGAUCAUAGGAGACAUGACUACACAAAAUUGGAUAGAUCUGACAGAGGACAUGAGGAUAAGAAUUCUGAACGGGGGCUCAAAAGUCAGAUUGGGAGUGACUUGCCUCAUAAAAGUAGGAAAAAUGAUCAAAAUUAUGAGGAGCAUGAACGGGGUAGAAGACAAAGUAGGGAUGAAGGUGACCAUGGGAGAAAACACAAAAGAGAUGAAGACGAGAUUUACAAAAAGUAUGAGAAAGAUGGGGAGCAUCAGCAAAGAAGGCAUGGAAGGGAGAUGGAAGAAGAGCGUGGUACUACAAGGUAUGAGAGGGAUAGACAACUAGAUUCCUCCAAGAGAGCUAAGUAUGAUGAUUCUGGUUCCAGUGAGAGAAGAAGGUAUGAUGGUGACCGGCAUGAUGAUGGACGGGCCAGGCGUCGAGAGUGAACUCCUGUUACCUAGUA